AUGGGUGUUGGAGCGGUCCUCGAACCGCUAGUAGUCAUUAUCCUACUGUUUGGAGGCACAUGGAUCAACCGUACAACUGGUACAAACGCUCACCGUCAUUUUGCUCGCCGGAAAUCCGCAGACUUGGUGCGGGCAGCCUCACCUGAUUCCCUCGAGUCCGGAUACUCAAGUCCAACAACAAAGGAUGGACUUCUCACCCCGCGUUCCCGUUCACCCUUGCAUCAAAUUCCCGAUGGAUGGCACAAGCGACAGGUGGGAAUCUUGGGGUUGACCUUAGAGGUGUCAUCGCCAAAUACUGUUAUUUUCCAAGAUCGGUUGCUCAGUCGUCUGCUACGGAAGCUUCCUUUCUUGGUAGAAUGCUGGUACUGGGCCUUGGUAUACUGGACAUACCAGCUUGGCAGAGCCUUUACCGCCGUGACCCUCAAGGACGAUACAGUCGAUGUUGCGAGACGACAUGCCCUACAACUCAUCAAGAUUGAGCAGCGUCUAGAUAUAUUUUGGGAAACUGUCAUCCAGAGGAACUUCUUGCUCCAUCCCCGCGCGAUGAUUUGGAUCAAUUGGAUAUAUUCGUUCAUUCAUAUCCCCGGUACCAUCGCUUUCCUCGUCUGGCUUUAUUACUUCACCACCACGCGGAAUCGAGUCGACGAGACUCAGGCAGGAAAGCCCAGAGGCGCUGUGAGCGGGUCACCCGCAGGCCCUCUUCUAUACCAAGCGCGUCGACGGACGCUGGCUGUGUGCAACCUGCUCGCAUUUGUGGUGUUCACUCUGUGGCCUUGCAUGCCGCCCAGGUUACUAAGUGACACCAACAUCGGUGGGCAGGAGGGUGAGCUGGCUCGCAGUUAUGGCUUUGUUGAUACUGUGCAUGGUACCAAUGGAGCGGGCACCGCCAUGCCAUCCUUGCACUUCGGUUACUCUCUCAUGAUCGGUCUCACAAUCAUGACGAUCCCUCUGCCGCAGCAACGACGAACAGUACUGCGGACUCGCCUAACCCGAGUAAGGCUGACUCUUCCACCCUGGCGCCGCCUGAUGUGCCUUAUUCUCGGGUUUUCCUAUCCGUUCAUCAUUCUGGUAGCCAUUGUUGCCACGGCCAACCAUUUCAUCCUGGAUGCAGUGGCAGGAGCCUUGGUCUGCGCACUGGGAUGGCGGUUCAAUGGGAUGCUGCUUAAUUUGCUGCCGCUGGAAGACUACUUUCUGUGGCUUGUCCGUAUCCACAAACCGGAGCCAUCGCUUGUCACUGUCAUCCCUGAAAGCUUGGAUAGUCGGUCUUCUAGUGAGGGGUUAUGGAGUCAUGCUGUCAUCUCAUGA